CCAACCUGCUCAAUUACUCACUACCAAGUACCUUGGACUAUUUACAGCUCCGAUGUUUGCAGCAAGAGCAUUUGGCCGACAGGCCCGAGUUCUCCCCAGAUGGACUCAAUUCCGUUGUGUAUCGACAUUGGAAGGGUCUCCGUACAUAUACGUGUUCCCAAAUGAACCAACAAGUGGAACCCACAUCUUAUCACUAUUACCCUCCGAGCCCGUCAACCGAGACUUGGCUAUCGGAAUCUCGACUCAACUGCCACCGACAACAGACUCCUUCAAAGAGAACCCCAAAUUCCUGAAUAUUGUACAAGAAGUGUGCUCAGAAUACGCACAUGAAGACCCCGAUGCCAAGUCCCAAGCUCAGGUCAUGGUGUCUGUAGCCGGAGCGAAUCUGAACUCAGGCGGCGUGUUAUUAACCGGCCAGCGCGGGAGACGUCGUGGGGCCGACUCGGCCAGCGGUGCUAGUGGUCAAGGUGGUGCUGGCUCUGGUGGUCGUGGUGGUUGGAUUCAUGUCUCUGACGGCAGACGGCCGCCUGACUAUGGGCGGAUUGCUUGGCCCGAGGAUAUGUUCGGAAGCCUUGAGGUGGAUGCCAAAGGUCAGUUCGUUGGAGACAAUGGCAAUUAUCAGCCAAGUGGUACCUAUCGUAUCCUGACCCGAGAUGGAAUUUUCGGAUUGAGUCCUUUCCUCAGAGAAAAGCUGGUCCAGAAGCUACGAGAGCUUGAGAGGUGAUUGAUCACUUCAAAAUACGGGUACAUCGCCCACUGAAUUCUAUGUAAAAUAUAUAUCAGCCCUCAGCAGUCAACUCGGAGCUCUACUCUUUUCUUUCCAACCCGCAUUCAAUUUCUGUUGGACUUUUUGUCCCGUCUUUCUUUAAUCACAA